AUGGCAGAAAGAAUCAAAGAGACUAACUUCAAUUCAGAUCUCUUUCGCAGUAUUAUCCCUUGUUCAUCAAACUCUCCACCCUGGACAGUACCACUACCAGAUUUCGACACAACCCUCAAGAUAUAUCAAAAAAUGCAAACCAACCAUAGAGAAAUAUAUAACAGAUACCAAGUCAUCAUCGAGUCUCAUCCGAACUUCAAACUGAUUUUUACAGAUGCCUCAAAGUCAUCACAUGGGGUUGGCUAUGCCGCAGUCUCUGACAAUCAACGAAUAUCCUCUUCACUACCACAACAUUGCAGCGUCUACACUGGAGAGCUGACAGCCAUCAAGGAAGCGCUCAAUCUGGCACGAACAAUAACAGAUGCCAACUUCUUAGUAGUGACGGAUUCGCUGAGUGCACUGGAAGGUAUCAAACAGUUGUACCCUCGCAACUGCAUACUCAGGGGAAUUAAGGACAUGCUGCGUCUGCUGUACAACGACAAGAAGAGGAUAAAGUUUCUGUGGGUACCCUCGCAUACUGGAAUACCAGGCAACGAAGAGGCUGACAAAGAAGCAUCAAGAGCGGCAGUCCCUUCAAGCAGAAGUGUGAUUCGUACACCCUACCAAGAUUUGAAAGGACUAAUAAAAGUGCACAUAACCAGUCUUUGGCAACAGAAAUGGAAUGGCAGUCACAGCAAACUACUCGCAAUUGCUCCAGAUGUCAACACGCGAUUCACCCUACCUUCAGGAAGAAGGAACCAGAUAAUUACGUCACGUCUCCGGAUAGGCCACACACUAGUGACUCACAAGCACAUCUUCGAAGGAACCGAUGCCCCAGUUUGUUCAACGUGCAACCAGCGGCUCACGGUGGUUCAUAUUCUGAUGGAGUGCCCUACUUAUCAAAAUGCCAGAAGUCUCAACCACCUUUCUAAUGACAUCAGUGAAGUAUACAUCGCUGUGAAGUAUCCCUUCUCCCUACAGUCAAAAUGUACCAAAAACCGAGCAAGAAUCGUGGUCAGUUGUCUCACAAUCGCGUCCGUGGUCAUCUACUCUCCUCUGGCAUUAUUCUCGCGUCCAGUGCGUUUCGGAAACAGCUCGGUAAUCUGCACUAUUGACCCAAAAUGGAGCAGAGCAGCUAGCGUCUUCAACAGCAUCGAUUUUCUGAUUGCCUACAUCCUCCCAGGUACAAUGACCGCCUUCCUGAAUGUUUCCAUUGGAAAAACCCUGAGAGACUUAUCGAUGCUGCGGAAAACCAUGCUUAGCGGAAGCAAGUUCGAGGAGAAAAAAUACAGGAGUCACAUCUCUCAGAAUAAAUUAACGAAAAUGCUACUGAUUGUGUCAACAGUCUUCCUGAUAUUAAAUUUGCCUAGCUACGUAAUGAGAAUGAUGACAUAUUUGAUACAGCUUGAAUUGGUGGACAUCAACGACUUGAACUUUUUCCAAAACAUGCAACAGUGGUCUUUAGAUCUGUUUUACACCAGUUUUGGAAUCAAUUUCUACUUAUACUGUUUAAGUGGCCAAAACUUCAGGACAGCACUCAGCGGCAUUUUUAGAAAACUCCUGCCCAGCAUACGAAGACGUACCAGUACACCAGAUACUCGUUCUACAUCGAACUCAUCAUCAGGAAGGAAUCAAAGAAACGAAAGAAAGAAAUUUACGAAUCUAGAAUUCAUUAUAAUCAACUUCAAAACUGAAAUGUCAAAGCAUACAAAGUCUGACGUAUAAUACGCAGAUUAUUCAGCUUGAUAGGAAUCAUAUUUAUGGGAUAUUUCAGAAAUACCCCUUAAAGCAUUCCAUAUACUAUAUAUAUUCUGUCAAGGCAUUUAACUUUGAAUUAUUUAUUGUAACAUCUGAAACUUGUCCUGUGGUUUUCAUGGUGAUAAUCCCCCAUGUUUGUGUGGUGAAACAAACCAUAUACAGGGUGGCCGAUAUGUAACUGACUGGUUAGUAUCUUGAAUAUUUGUGAAAUGAAAUAAAAUACCAUUUUUUUCAUCUUAAUAUUUUAUUGAAACUUAGAAAUUAUGUAUGAAAAAUAAUAUCAUACAAAUGUCCGCCUCUAGAACCGCGCAAACCUAGCCCUCUUGAUUACAUUUUCCAUCACUUUUUGGUAGGUUUUUGGAGAAAUAUUUUCAAUCGCUUCCGUAAUAUUGUUCUUCAGCUGCUUACAGUAUUUUGUUUGUUGGCAUAAACCCUAUUUUUCAAAAUUCCUCAUAAAAAAGUCAGGAGCCACUAAAUCCGGUGGCCUUGGUGGCCAUUCGACCGUACAGUGCUCCAUGAUGAAUUAGGCACAUGUGCUUUAGUUAAAUGUCAUCUGUCAGUUAUAUAUUGGCCACCUUGUAUAUUUAAAACUCUUCUUUAUUUUGAACGUUUCGGUCCCAACGGUCAUAACUUUCAGUACAAAACUAACCAUUUUUUGACAAUAUAAGCAUCGCACAAACCGGCGCGAAAUAAUCGCAGCGAAGUAUUCGCAACGAAAUUCAGAGCGAAAUUCGCAAUCUGUUUCGCCUGUUUAUUCAUACCAAAGCGUCUUACUCGCUCCGCGAACGUAAAGGUUUCGACAGGUUGCGUACAUUUUAUUUUUGCCUUUUGCAAUGAGCUCGUCUUCAGAAGAAGAGGAGGCACUUCUAUUUCUUGCUUUAGAAGCGGAACAAAAUGCACGGUAAGUUAUGUUUAUUUAACGCCAUUUGAUAGUUGGGUAUGUAUUAAGUUUAACGAAGUACAUAAAACAAAUAUUUUCAAUUUUGUUUAGGAAACGAAGGAAGUGGGUACAUGAUAUUAACUUGGAACGAAAUAAAUUUGGGGAAUACCAUACCUUGAUGCCACAACUUCGGCUGGAUGAACAGCGCUUUUACGUAUAUUUUAGAAUACCUCCAGAGUGUUUCGAUGAAAUAUUGAACUUGGUGAAAGAUGAAAUACGAAAAUCUGACACAAAUUAUCGUGAAGCUAUUUCGCCAGAAGAACGACUUGCUAUUACACUCAGAUUCCUUGCCACUAGUGACACCUUCUAUACCAUUGGGCAUAGCUUUCGAGUUGGCUUUACAACAGUGUGUGCAAUCGUAACCGAAGUCUGUGAAGCGAUAUGCAGACAUAUGGAGCAUAUAUAUUUACCAGAAUCAACAGAGAAUAUAUGGAAAAAUGUGCUGAAGAAUUUGAAAAUAGAUGGGGAUUUCCCAAUUGCAUUGGCAGCGUGGACGGUAAACAUGUAACAAUCAAGAGACCUAACAACAGUGGCUCCAAUUACUGGUGCUAUUUACAUAAAUAUUCAGUAGUACUUAUGGCCAUUGUUGGCCCGGACUAUAAAUUUAUAUGUGUUGAUAUUGGUGGUUUCGGAAAAAAUAGUGAUGGGGGUAUUUUCGAAACCUCAAACAUGGGAAAACGAUUUGAACAAAAUUUAAUGAGUGUCCCUGCACCUAGAUUUCUCCCUGGGCAAAAUGAAAUCUGCUCGUACGUCUUAAUUGGUGAUGAAGCAUUUGCUUUAAAACCAUACCUUAUGAGACCAUUUCCUUAUAAGCAGACUUUAACAGACGUCAGAAAAGAGAAAUACAAUGUAAGACUGUCGAGGUAGAAGGGUCGUGGAAAAUGCGUUUGGUAUUUUGUCUCAAAAAUGGCGAAUAUUUUACAGGCCAUUAGAAACUAAAGUAGAUACUACUAUUCUAAUUGUACGUACGGCAUGUGUGUUACACAAUUUUUUACGAAGUAAAAGUGGCGGUGACAAAUAUAUUCAAUUCUUAGAUCCCCCAGAACCCGUGCUUGGAGCUUUUACUGAUAUAGCAAAUGAUCCUCGGCGGGCAGCAAGGCUAGCAUUUUCUACUCGUGACAAAUUCGUAAAUUAUUUUAAUUCUGAUAUGCCUAUGCCCAAU